AUGAGCGCCCUGCGUAUCUCCUCCCUGGACGCUGCGCAGGGCUUUGACUUCGAGUCCCGCACCGCCCAGAACCUGGAGGAGGCGUCCACAAUGUUCGUGGGCAUCCUCGGCUUCGGCACCUUUGGCCAGUUCCUGGCCGCCAGGCUGGUCAAGGCGGGGCACCGCGUGAUCGCCACGUCGCGCAGGGACUACACCAGGGAAGCGGCGGCCAUGGGGGUGGAAUUCUUCGCCGACGUGGAUGACUUUUGCGAGGAGCACCCCGAGGUGGUCAUCCUCUCCACCGCCAUCCUGUCCCUGGAGAAGGUGCUGGCCGCGCUCCCCGUCCAGCGCCUCAAGCGCUCCACACUCUUCGUGGACGUGCUGAGCGUCAAGGAGUUCCCCAAGCAGGCCAUGCUGCGCAUGCUGCCCGCCGACGCCGACAUCCUGUGCACGCACCCCAUGUUCGGCCCCGACUCCGGACAGGGCUCCUGGUCGGGCCUCAACUUCAUGUACGAGGUGGCGCGCCUGGUGCCGGGGGACGCCGCCCGCCAGCAGCGCAUGCAGAACUUCAUACGGUUCUUCGCGCGGGAGGGCUGCACGAUGGUGGAGCUGGGUUGCGAGGAGCAUGACAGGCAGGCGGCCUCCACCCAGUUCAUCACCCACACCGUUGGCCGCAUGCUGGGCGAGAUGAAGUUGGAACCGACGCCCAUCGACACCCGGGGGUUUCAGUCGCUCCUCAGCCUGGUGGGCAACACCAACAACGAUUCCUUUGAUCUCUACUACGGCCUUUUCAUGUACAACCCGAAUGCGACGCAAGAGCUGGAGCGCCUGGAGCACGCCUUUGACAGCGUGAAGCGGCAGCUGUUCAGGCGGCUGCACGCCAAGCUGCGGGACCAGCUCUUCCCCUCCCCCUCCGCGCCCCGCCCAGAGGGGACGUUCCUGGAAGCCCCUGCCGCACCGCCUGCGGCCCCGGCCCUGGAGCCGGGAAUUGGAGUGCUGCCGAGAGGCAGCCAGCGAGAGGCUGAGCUCGUCAGCUCUCGGAGCAGGAAACGAGCCAGCCUGGAGAAUGGGUCGUGA